GAGAGAGCGAGAGAGAGCGCGUUCUCUCCCGGUGCACUUGGCAGUUAGUUGCGGGCUGCUGUGCUGUUGCUGUCGUGGCGGUGUGGCUAGUCGCGGGGAACUUUACCACACUGGAGCCCGAAGUCCCACUCUCUCACCUGCGCAGUUCGGAGCUGCCAUGGGUCUCGCGCCUGGAUUGACUAUCUUAAUCAUUCUGCCGGCCUUUCUGCACACGAGCGGCCUAUAUAUCGCCAGUAGCGUAGACUCCCUGCAGCAUGUCCUGGGGGAGUAUGGACUGGUGAGGCCCGUGAGCGUGGACGCGGAUGGCCGCUUCCUGUCCCACGCCGUGUCGGCCGGCCGGCCGGGGGCGGGGGCGGGGGCGGGGCAGCCCCAUAGGCGCUGGAGGAGGGAGGCCGGAGAGAACAGGGGAGGAGGAGGAGGAGGAGAAGGAGAUGAAGAAAGAGAGGAAAUGUACGAGGAGGAUGGAGGGCCCCGACACAGACAGCUUUAUUACAAUGUCACCGUCUUCGGCCGGGAGUUCCACCUGCGUCUGCGGCACAAUGCGCGACUGGUGGCCCCCGGAGCCAAGAUGGAGUGGCACGAUGAUAACGACAGCAAUGGGACAGCCACACGCUCCGAGCCCCUGCAGGGAGACUGUUUCUACGUGGGUGACGUCACAGACACGCCCGGAGCCACCGUAGCCAUCAGCAACUGCGACGGCCUGGCUGGUAUGAUCAGGACGGAAGAGGAGGAGUUCUUCAUCGAGCCAGUGGAGCGGGGGAAUGGAGUGAUGGGGGAGGAGGAGGGAGGAGGAGGGCGUCAACACGUCGUCUACCGCUCCUCCUCUGUGAAGAAAACGCCCGUCAGCGGCCUCGCGGCAGACUACCACUCUAGAGGUGCUGACCUGCCUGGUAUGAUGGACCUGGAGUCCCUGUAUCGUGGUGUGGAGCAGAGUAUCAACCAGACCCGAGCCCAGAGACAGAGGAGACAGAGUCCAGAGAGAGCCUACAACAUUGAGGUCCUACUGGGGGUGGACGACUCUGUGGUGCAGUUCCACGGCAAGGAACACGUCCAGAAGUACCUGCUCACGCUCAUGAACAUCGUGAAUGAGAUUUACCAUGACCACACUCUGGGAGCCAGGAUCAACGUGGUGCUAGUACGAAUCAUCAUGCUGGGCUAUGGGAAGUCUAUGAGUCUGAUAGAGUUGGGGAACCCAUCUCAGAGUCUGGAGAAUGUGUGUCGCUGGGCCUUCCUGCAGCAGAAACAGGACACAGGAGAUGCAGAGUACCACGACCACGCUAUAUUCCUCACACGACAGGAGUUCGGGCCUACCGGCAUGCAGGGUUAUGCUCCAGUAACAGGGAUGUGUCACCCAGUGAGGAGCUGUACUCUGAACCACGAGGAUGGUUUUUCUUCUGCCUUUGUGGUAGCCCACGAGACAGGACAUGUGCUGGGUAUGGAGCACGAUGGCCAGGGGAAUCGCUGUGGAGACGAGGUGCACAUGGGGAGCAUCAUGGCCCCGUUGGUUCAAGCUGCCUUCCACCGCUUCCAUUGGUCACGCUGUAGCCAGCAGGAGCUAGGACGAUACCUACAAUCCUACGAAUGUCUUCGUGAUGACCCCUACGAACAUAACUGGCCGUCCCUGCCCAGACUUCCUGGUCUGCACUACUCCAUGAACGAACAGUGUCGCUUCGACUUCGGCGUGGGCUACAUGAUGUGUACCGCGCUGCAAAAGGUGGGCCAGGCUGGAACACAGUACCGGACGUUUGACCCCUGCAAACAGCUGUGGUGCAGCCACCCUGACAACCCCUUCUUUUGCAAGACCAAGAAAGGGCCGCCCAUCGACGGCACCGUGUGUGGGGAUGGGAAGCACUGCUUCAAAGGUCACUGUAUCUGGCUGACCAUUGACAUGAUAAAGCAGGAUGGUGGGUGGGGCAUGUGGAGCCAGUUUGGGUCCUGCACUCGUACCUGUGGAGGAGGGGUGCAGUUUAGAACCCGUGAAUGCGACAACCCCAGGCCUGCUAAUGGAGGUCGUACCUGUCUUGGUGCUAACUACCAGUUCCAGCUGUGUAACAGCCAGGAGUGUGAGGAGCUGUACAGUGACUUCAGGGAGGAGCAGUGCCGUAGCUUGGACCCCGAGUUUGAGUUCCACAACAACAAGCACCACUGGCUGCCUUAUGAACACACCGAACCUAAGCAGCGCUGCCACCUCCAUUGCCAGUCCAAGGAGACCCGAGACAAGAUCAACAUGCAGAGGCUGGUCCAAGACGGCACGCGCUGCUCAUAUAAAGACCCCUACAGCGUGUGUGUGCGCGGGGCCUGUGAGAAAGUGGGCUGUGACAGCGUGGUAGGGUCCUCCCAACAGGAGGAUAAAUGUGGUGUCUGUGGAGGAGACAACUCCAGCUGCAAGAUCAUCAAGGGCAACUUCACCCGCAGUGCCAAGAAACAAGGUUUCCUCAAAGUACUUGAAAUCCCUCGAGGGGCGAGACACCUACUGAUCCAAGAGAUUAAGCCAACCGCACACAUCCUAGCGGUGAAGAACCAGGCAUCAGGACAGUUCUUCCUGAAUGCGGAGGGAGACCUCCCAGAAUCCCGUGCGGUCAUAGAGAAGGGUGUGGAGUGGGAAUACAUGAAUAAUGACCAUGACAAGGAGACACUACAGACCAACGGACCACUCAGACACGGGGUCCUCAUCAUGGUGCAGUCCCAUGGAGAUGCCAAGGUGACCCUGUCCUAUAAGUACAUAAUCCACAUGGACCUGCUGUCUGCCAUAGAGAACAACAUGCUGCUGGAUGACACCUCCUUCUACGAGUGGGCCCUGAAGAAAUGGUCCUACUGCUCCAAGCCCUGUGGGGGAGGUAAGCAGUAUACCCGGUACGGCUGUAGAAGGAGAGCGGACAGUAAAAUGGUCCACCGACGCUACUGUGAGAACAUCAAAAAGCCUCGCGCCAUCAGCAGAGACUGCAACCAGAAGGAGUGCUCCCAGCCCAUCUGGGAGGAUGGUCCGUGGGAGCCGUGCAGUAAGACGUGUGGUAAAACAGGGUACCAGAUGAGGUCCGUUCGCUGUGUUCAGCCCUUAGACAAUGGCAACAAGCGCUCCAUUCACAGCAAGUACUGCAAUGACGACCGGCCUGAGGCACGCAGGCCCUGCAACAGAGAGCUCUGCCCUGCACAGUGGAGAGUAGGGCCCUGGUCACAGUGCUCAGUGACAUGUGCCAAUGGGACACAGCAGAGGCUGGCGUUGUGUCACACGCGUGACAACACCAUCGGUCUCUGUCUGGACAGCAAGCCAGACACCAUACGCAUUUGUCGCCUGGCGCCCUGUCCCAGAGGCUCGUCGGACCUGAAUAACAACGGCAACAUCCUGAUCCAGUGGCUGUCCCGUCCCGACCCAGACUUGCCCUACCAGAGGAACAGCUCACGCAAGCAGCGUUGUCAUGGAGACAGGUCAGUGUUCUGUCGCAUGGAGAUGCUGAUCCGCUACUGCGCUCUGCCGGGCUACAAGCGCAUGUGCUGCAAGUCCUGCAGCAACGUGACUGACAGAAGCCUGACCACCAGCGCCCCGCCCCAGGUCACAGCUCGCCCGCUGCCUCGCCCCCUGCCUCGGCCUCGGCCUCUGCCUUGGCCCAAGGACAACAACACCCCCCAUCAGCCCACAGUUCAUCCAAGAAGAACUAUGCAUAUACCUUAUACCACGCCACGCCCGAUGAGCACAACACACACCUAUACAACACCCCACCCAUACUUCACCACAUACCCCAUCCCCAUACACAUGACCCCAGAGCACAGUGUGACCCCCAGAGACACAACCAGAAGUUACCCCUCCUUCACCCUCUCCACUAGCACCAGCAUAUACACUACAACUCCCAGCAACCUUUUCACUGACUCAACCGUUAACAUCACCUUUAUCAGCAACGACACCACAGUGACCCCCAUUCACACCUAUGACAUAACAGGGGCAGAAACCACAACUCCCAGCAGCCCAUACUACAUGGAUGAUGUCAUAAAGCCAACUGAAACCAACUACUUUGAAGAUGUGACAUCGCCCAGUGGAACCAUCCCAUACACUGAUGUCACAAUGUCCAGCGGUGGUGAUGUCAUAAUACCUAGUGGAACCGUGUCCUAUGGCACUGAUGUCACAAUGCACAGCGGAACCACACCAUAUGGUGAUGUCACAAUGCCAAGUGGAACAAUGCCUUAUGAUGAUGACAUCACAGUGAUGACAGUGAUGAUUCCUACAGUCCCCAGGGAUGACAUCAUAGAUAUGACCACCCUUGAUUGGCCGGAGACCACAGAGUACAUAUCUGUGAGUUCCACUGUUCCCACUACAACCACGGAAGAGCCAACAACAGAGUUAAUGACAGAGCAAAUGACAGCCCCGCCUCCCACAACUACCAUCGCCAUGACGACAACAACAACAACCACCAAAAAGACCAUGUGGUCGCCAAGCCUCCAGGAGGAGACCAGCGAAAACAACUCCAUUGACGUUCCCUACAACCGGAUCAUCGGAGUAGACAACGUCAUCUCCCAAAACAACCUGAUCCCCAGACGGAGCCGCGUGUUCCUCCAGGAGAGAACACGGAACAAACGCAUCCAGGAACUCCUGGAGGAGAAGAGGAACUUUCUGUUGAGGAUGAAGCGGGCCCAGAGUGGUGCUGCUUGAUGAUGACAGACCUUCCCUCCUCCCUAACCCUCCCUUGAUUUCUCUUAUAGAGAUGUACCUACGUCUGCUAACAGACUGGAGUUAUUAUUUAACCCUUAACCUGCCUUGGUGCUCUCUAUCAGGUACUGACCUAUCACACACCCAGAGCCAUGGUACAGACAUACAGACAUACACACUGACCUAUUUGUUUACACACACACACAAACACACACACCAGAAAGACAGACAGGCAUACAGCCACACGGCAGACUGAACUCUGUGGAUAGAAAAAACCAAAGCCAGAUGUUUGCACAGUUGUUUUAAAUAAAACAAAGUCCCUUUAGGAUACGAAUCUGAAACACUUUCCGAUCCAAAGCGGAGGUCUUGUUGUAAGGCUGAGAGGAGAGCCAGAUGUGAUGUGGACCGUACAUCCUCUUGGACUCGCACCUUAACAAGGAAAACUUUUAUCUCUCCAAACCUCCCCCAGUGUGUUUAAGAGCAAGGCACAUACAGUAAAGAUGUAUUUCUCUUUCAUAAGCAGCACACACCUGGAUAAAAUCAGGGUGUGAAUAGUUGGAUAUUCAAUAAAGUCCUUAUAUUUAAAUUAAGUUUAAUUUAAAUUAAGUCUUAUUCCCCAGCAGCACUUAAGGACCCAUGUAAGCUCAUCCAUAUAUUAAUAUAUUCUUAUUCUAUUCUUCACUUAGAUUUGUGUGUAUUAGGUUUUUGUUGUAGAACUGUUAGAUAUUACUUGCUAGAUAUUGCUGCACUGUCGGA